AUGCCCGGGGGCCAGGGGGCGCCUGCCUCUCCCCAGGCGGCCGGGAGCGCCCCGGACAGGGUGCCGUCGGGGCCCGCGGCCGGCCCCUCGCCCCAGCUCGCGGCCCCGCGGGAGUCCCCGGCCCCUCGGCGGGGCGCGCUCCGCGCCAGCGUCCCGCAGAAGCUGGCCGAGGCGCUGAGCAGCCAGUACGGGCUGAUCGUGUUCGCGGCGGGGCUGCUGCUCCUGCUGGCCUGGGCCGUGCACGCCUCGGGCGUGGGCAAGAGCGACCUGCUGUGCGUCCUCACGGCGCUCAUGCUGCUGCAGCUGCUCUGGAUGCUGUGGUACGUGGGCCGCAGCGCCGCGCACCGCCGCCUCCUCCGCCCCAAGGACACGCACGCCGGCGCGCGCUGGCUCCGCGGUAGCAUGACAUUGUUCGCGGUCAUCACCAUCAUCCUGGGAUGCUUUAAAAUUGGCUACUUCGUUGGAUUCUCUGAAUGUUUAUCAGCCACUGAAGGCGUCUUCCCUGUCACACACGCAGCACAUACUCUGGUCCAGGUGUAUUUUCUUUGGGGGCAUGCCAAGGAUAUCAUCCAGUCUUUCAAAACCCUGGAAAGGUUUGGGGUCAUCCACUCAGUGUUCACUAACCUGCUUCUGUGGACCAAUGGUGUCCUGAAUGAGUCAAAACACCAACUUAAUGAACAUAAGGAACGUCUCAUCAUGCUGGGCUUCGGGAACGUCACAAUAGUCUUGGACGACCACACGCCUCCGUGUAACUGCUCGCUCCCGACGCUCUGCUCGGCCAUCUCGCACGGGAUCUACUACCUCUAUCCCUUCAACAUAGAGUAUCAGAUCCUGGCUUCCAUGAUGCUCUACGUCCUGUGGAAAAACAUCGGACGCAAAGUUGACGGCCACCAGCAUCAGAGCGUGCGGUUCAAGUUCCGCGGGGUCGUGGCGGGCUCGGUCCUGGGCCUGAGCGUGCUGGCCGCCACGAUCGGGGUCGUGGUGGUGUAUCUGAUUCAGAUCGGGCGCUCCAAAUCCAAGAGCGAGUCGGCGCUCAUCAUGUUCUACCUGUAUGCCAUCGCCUUGCUGAUACUCAUGGGGGCCGCCGGGCUGCUUGGCAUCCGGAUUUACAGGAUAGACCAGAAAUCGCUGGAUGAGUCCAGAAGCCCGGCCCGCAAACUGGAUGCCGACCUCUUGGUGGGCACCGCCUCCAGCUCCUCGCUCAUCUCCUGGGGUUCCAUCUUGGCCGUGCUCUGUGCCGAAGCCUGCCCCCCCUACACCUGGUUCAACCUGCCCUACUCCGUCCUGAUGAUUGUUGAGAAAUACGUCCAGAACCUCUUCAUCAUUGAGUCUAUGCACCGAGAGCCGGAGACGCUGUCUGAGGACAUCAGAACCCUGCGAAUGGUCACCGUCUGCAGUGGCAAUGCCAUGCCCCUCUCCUCUUCCGGCCUCGGGAACGGGGCUGUGGCCAGGGACGCGGCUUCCCCAGGCGGCGAGAUGCUCCGCGCGGCCAACGGAAACACGUGUCUGAGAGAAGGCUGUGGCGGAGAGGGGGGCGAGGGGAGCCGGGAAGGGACCCCGGGCCCCGCCUGCCGUCCCGGUUUCUUGCAGGGCGACGGCAAGAGAAGCGUCUUGAGGAACAUCGCAGCCUUUCUGUUCCUCUGCAAUAUUUCGCUUUGGGUCCCUCCCGCCUUCGGCUGCCGCCCCGAGUACGACAACGGAUUAGAGGAGAUCGUCUUUGGCUUUGAACCCUGGAUCAUUGUGGUCAACCUGGCCAUGCCUUUUUCUAUUUUCUACCGAAUGCACGCAGCUGCCUCUCUCUUUGAGGUCUAUUGUAAGAUAUAGUCUGUGUCCACAUCCAAGCCCGAGGAGUGACCUAACAAGAGAAUUCACUGGAGCCACCUGUGAAUGGCCAGGUUGGGCAAAUAUCGCCUGACAAAUGCACAGAGGGUUGUCUUUGUGGCAAUUAUUUCCCGUGAGCUGGAAUUGUCUAUCACCCUGGAUGAAUGUGAGCGCGUUAAAUCAACAUCGAUGAGGCGGCUGAGAUCUGGUC